AGAAGUAUUUGGUAGAAAGGCACAAAAGAAGGACCAGAAAAAAAAAUUAAAUCAGAAAAUAUACUUCAAAUAUAAAAAUCUAUUUAAGAGAUCCAAUAGAAUAAAAGGUGAUUUCCCAAAUGUCAAGAUGGCUCUAGACUUAUAUGAAAUAUUGGAAAUAAGUGAGAGUGCCACUGAUCUUGAGGUUAAAAAAGCAUAUCGAAAAUUAGCCUUGAAAUAUCAUCCUGAUAAAGCUUCAGAAGAUGAAAGAUCUGAAGCUGAACAAAAGUUCAAAGAUAUAUCCCAUGCCUAUGACAUUUUAGGAGAUGAGACGAAAAGAAGAGAUUAUGACAUGUAUGGUUCGACUGAUUCCAAUGGAAAUGGAAAUCUGAAUGGUUAUCGUUAUAGUCCUUAUGAAGAUAUGUUUGGUGGAAAUGGAAAUGGUCAAGGUGAAUAUGGGGCAGAUGAUUUUUAUAAUUUCUUUAACAAUAUGAAUGGCAAUGGAUAUGAAAGAUCUUCUAGACAAACUAAAUUAAGAACUGAUGAUGCUAAUAUCGAAGUGGAGGUUACAUUAGAAGAUUUAUUUAAAGGGAAAACUAUAAGAACUACCUCAACUAGAAAUAUCAUUUGUACUUUAUGUAAAGGUUCAGGAUUUAAAAAAGCAGCCAUUGCAAAAAAGUGUACGACUUGUGAAGGAUCAGGACAUACUACCAGAAUUCGUAGUGUUGGACCUGGUUUAGUAACUCAAGAAUCAGUUAGUUGUAAAACAUGUGAAGGAACUGGAAAAAUACAUCGUGCAAAAGAUAAAUGUAAGAAAUGUUCAGGUACAAAAUUAAUUGAAGAAACUAAGAUAUUAGAAUUUGAAAUUGUUAAAGGUUCAAAAAGUCAUGAAUCAAUAAAACUUCCUCAAGAAUCAGAUCAAUAUCCAGGAAAACAAACCGGUGAUGUGAUAUUAACUUUCCAUUGUAAAGAUCAUCCUGUAUUUACUAGAAAGGGUGAUAAUUUAUAUUCAAAAUUUAAAAUACCUCUUGUGGAAGCAUUAUGUGGAUUUUCAAAAAUAGUGGUUAAGCAUUUAGAUGGUAGAGGUCUAAAAUUCACCACCCCAAAGGGGAAAGUUAUAAAACCAGGUGAUUUCAUUAAAAUUAAAAAUGAAGGUAUGCCAAUAAAAAGUGCCAAUAAUUCAUGGUUUGGAUCAAAUACUAAAAGAGGGGAUUUAUUUAUUGAAAUUGAAGUAGAAUUUCCUCAAGAUAAUUGGUAUUUGGAAAAGAAUGAUAUAUUAAAAAUGAAAAAUCUUUUACCAAAUGACUUACAAAAUAAGAGUGAUAUUUUAAAUCAAACUAUAAAUAAUGAUUCAUUACCAGAAGCCAAUAUUGAAGUUAUAACUGAUUUUACUAUCGAAACAUCACAUUCGUUACCAAAAGAGGAUGAAAAGGAAGAAGACAGUCAACCAAAACCAUCUUCCACUUACGAUAAUUAUAAUGGCUAUGAACAAUACGGUGAGCUGCAACCAGAAUGCAGACAGCAAUAAUUAUAUUAAUUCUCCUAUAUAUAGAUUUUUUCUAACCAUAAUGUAAA